AGAACUCUAACACUAUAGUUUAGUCCACUGAUUUGAUCUUCAUUUGUAUAUUUAAAUUAUCAUUCUUCUCCCUCCCCAAAUCCCCUAUCUAAUCCUCCAUUUUCUUGUUCAAUAACAUCAAUAUCCCUUUCCCUCUUAAAGUCCGAAGAACCAAACCAAAGAAACCCCACAAAAGUUCUAAAACCAUCACUCUCUGCCAGCAACAACCAUUUCUCUUCAAUUCCAUUUCCUUAUCUGCAAGUAACCCGAAAGAUUCCAAGGAAUAAAGCACCGAAAGCUCUGCUUCCAUAUCCUUAUCUGCAUUGCCAAUCUUUCAAGGAAGCCUUGUGCGAAGAAGAGAAAAAGAUAAGAUUUUUGUUGUUGUUGCGACCCUAACCCUAGCCCCAUAGGCAUUGUGCAAGGAAAUAACAGAGAACCCAAAGUGGGAAUUGGUAAAUAGUCCAAGAUUUGGGAAGAAUGAUGUCCCAAAUGAAGCACAUUGACCAUAUGUCAUCGUCCCCGGGUAAGUUCAAGGAGAAAUCAGCUUACAAUAGGAUUAGGCUGCAAUCUUCCCUUGCCAAGCUCACUUUUUGGUCAUUUGUGUUCUUGGGCUUGAUCUAUGUGUUCUUCUUCAGAGACCCUUAUUCUUCUUCUUCUUCUUUAUCUUCUUCCAUGCCUGCAUCCACGGAUCUCCAUAGGAGGUCUCUCAGAACCAGCUUUCAUGGCGGUUCUGCCUGGGAGAAGAGAGUUAGGGCCUCUGCUAAGGUUAGGUCAAGAAAUGGUGUUUCUGUUUUGGUUACUGGGGCUGCUGGCUUUGUUGGGACUCAUGUCUCUGUUGCCCUCAAGCGCCGUGGAGAUGGCGUUGUGGGGCUUGAUAACUUCAAUGGCUAUUAUGAUCCUUCAUUGAAGAGAGCCCGGCAAGCUCUGCUAGACCGCUCUGGGGUGUACAUUGUGGAGGGAGACAUCAAUGAUUCCCAAUUAUUGAACAAGCUUUUUGACAUUGUUCAAUUCACUCAUGUAAUGCAUUUGGCUGCCCAAGCAGGUGUGAGGUAUGCUAUGGAAAAUCCUAGCUCCUAUGUGCAUAGCAACAUUGCUGGCUUUGUUAGCCUUCUCGAGGCUUGCAAGAGUGCCAAUCCUCAGCCCGCUAUAGUGUGGGCGUCUUCGAGUUCUGUUUAUGGAUUGAACACAAAGGUCCCGUUUUCAGAACGGGACAGGACAGAUCAGCCCGCUAGUCUCUAUGCUGCCACGAAGAAGGCGGGAGAGGAAAUUGCUCAUACGUAUAAUCAUAUCUACGGGCUUUCCUUGACCGGAUUGAGGUUUUUCACGGUCUAUGGACCGUGGGGUAGGCCAGACAUGGCUUACUUCUUCUUCACGAGGGAUAUUUUGAAAGGGAAGUCAAUUCCCAUAUUCGAGGCAGUUAAUCAUGGAACGGUUGCCCGGGAUUUUACCUACAUUGAUGAUAUAGUCAAAGGUUGUUUGGGAGCAUUGGAUACUUCAGAGAAGAGCACAGGUAGUGGCGGUAAGAAGAAGGGCCCUGCUCAGUUGCGUGUGUUCAAUCUGGGGAAUACAUCACCCGUGCCCGUAUCGGAUCUCGUGAGCAUUUUGGAAAGGUUGCUAAAGGUGAAGGCAAAGCGGCAAAUAACAAAGUUACCAAGAAACGGAGAUGUGCAGUUUACACACGCGAAUAUCAGUUUUGCACAGAGGGAGCUCGGGUAUCAGCCUACGACUGAUCUGCAGACAGGUUUAAAGAAAUUCGUUAGAUGGUACCUCGGUUACUAUGGUAAUGGAAAGACGAGUGCCCAUUGAUACAUUCUUUCGAUUGUGUGGUAGGACCAUUCAGUUUCUUCACUUUCUUGUUUGUUUCAUUCUUAUGAUUGUUUUAACCUAUGCUGUACUGCUCCAUUCUCUCGCUCUCUGUACUUUAAUGUUGCCACAUAAGGAGCAAAUAUCAUACGAUAAAGUUUUUGUGUUGGUCAUACAUUGUUGGUUAACGACGAA